AUUCCACAAAUAGCACCAAUUGGCUGAUUAAGUUUAUUUAUUAUUUUCUCUUUAACAUUUAUUUUAUUUAGAAUAAUAAAUUAUUACUCCACAAUUCCUCAAUCCCCUAAAUCUCAAAUUUUAAAAAAAUCACAGACUAAUUCUAUAAAUUGAAAAUGAUAA